AUGAAGUUUUGCAGCAUGAACGGCCCAAGUGAAUCGGAAGUUGAGAGCCUGCUGAUGAGUCCAUGCUGGGGACCACCCCAGACCUCCGCCCAGGACCAGUAUCUGCUCGAUGGCCACAAGUUGCUGCUGGAGCACGACCUGGACUCGCUGCCCAGCGAUGCGGACCAGAAGAACUCGCUGGAUGUGCUGGAUAACCUGCUGCUGAACGGCUCCUCGCUGAAUGCCCUCUCCGACCUGAAGCCGCUGCCUCCGUUCACCGGCUAUACCGGCCAUCUCUCCAUCAAUGGGAUCUCCGGCCACCAUUACCAUGCCAUUGCCCAGAGGCUGCCGGAUGAGAGCAACAACAACUAUAUGCAGAGUGCCUACCAAUCGAAUCCCACAUCCACGACACAGUCGAGUGCGGGAGUCAAUGGCAACAAUAGCAGCAAUUCCAACUCCAAUGAGCACAACAUCGUGUCCUCCUCCACCUGCCUGCCCGAGAGUGUCCUGAGCGGGAGUGGUGGCGGCGGCGGUGGGGGUGGUGUUAACGGUAAUGGAGGAGCAGAUGCCUGCCUGGCAGAUGUCAAGCUCUUCGCCGAUAGUCAACUAGAUUCUAAGCUUUACUCCGUCGCCGAUAGCUGUGUGAUGAGCGGCUCCGUAAAUGGAUCCUCGGUGAAUGGCAAUAAUGGGCCAGGUCCCAGCAUAGCCACCUUGACGCCCAUCGAUCAGGUGGCCGAUUCCCUGCACAACAGCGGCGUUCGCAUCUACAAGGACCUGACGGAGUAUGUGGAUAUGAACUCCAUAGACGACAUAGCGGCCAUUAUAGGCUCCGCCAUUGCGGACACCACGGUGCCCAAUCAGUUGGAUAAGGACGAUAACAAUGACACGCGGGACAGCUGGAUGGAUCUCGAUGCCUGGAUUGAUGGCAAUUGCAUACAGCAGGAGUCGGCCAAGGUCCUGGUCUCGCAGCAGGACUCCCUCGGUGACUUCAUGCUGCCCCACAGUCCCCUGCCCAUGCACGCCAGCAGUUCCACGCUUCAGAGCCUCCUCAGCCACGGCUAUAUGCCGCUGCUGCAGAAUCGCCUCCAGAACGGUCCUCCAAAUGGAGGCUCCGCGGGCGGCGGAGGAUCACAACAGGGUGCUGGCGGCAAGGGGGAUCCACAGGCGCCCACAUCUACCUCUUACUGCAACGAACUGGCGGCAGCCACUAGCAGCAGUUGCAGUCCGCCCGGAUCUGUGGUCAGCACCACGGAUAAUCCCAACGGUCUGAUGAUAAAUCCGCGCUACUUGAGCAAUCCCCGGAGCAAUCAGGCGACGGGGAAUCCCCAUCAGCAGGGUGGCUAUCCCAUGCAGAACUCUGGAAUGUCCUUGAAGGACAACGGUCUGUGCUCACCCGACCUUCUGGGCAACUAUCCGCACACCACAACGGCCAGCACGACGGGUUCGGAGCUGCGCACCGGUACACCCAAGGCCAAGCGAUCCCGCUCCCAGAAAAAGUCCAGCCAGCAGCAGCAGCAGCAACAGCAACAACAGCAGCAGCAGCAGCAGCAGCAGGGCGAGACCGGUGGUCCGCCCAACAGUACGCCCCAGAUGAGCGCCAUCUCGCCGUCGGGCUUCAGUACCAGCGAUCUGAGCGGUCUGCUGGGCAAGGAGAAGCCCGUCCACCGGUGCAGCAUCUGCAAUAGGGGCUUCCUCAACAAGUCCAAUAUCAAGGUGCAUCUGCGCACUCACACGGGCGAGAAGCCCUUCCGCUGCGAUGUCUGCGCCAAGGCCUUUCGCCAGAAGGCGCACCUGCUCAAACAUCAACAGAUACACAAGAGAAUUGGGCGUGACUGACGCUCCUCUAUGAGCUUUAUGUUAUAGCCGAACAACCAGUAGCAUCUACCAGGGAGGAGUUUCAUAACCAGCACAGAAUUAAGGUUUAAAUCAAUC